CUACACUGACAUCACGUUCGGAUUACAGAGUUCCCCCCGCAGUGCGCUGGGCGGGGUUAAUUUCCUUCACAGUGGCCGGCGUGUGCGGAGGGCAGCGCAAUGGCUGUCACGGUGAAAGAAUGCCUGGAGCUCCAGCUGCUGGAAGUGGAAAUGCUCCUUUCGAUGUUUCCCAAAAGAGGGGAAUUCAGUCUGGAUGCGGAUGCCGUGCCCAGCAUCCAGCGCUACCUGAGGAAUGCUGGUGGAGCGCUGCCCCCUCAGCUGGAAUAUCGCAUUGCUCUCGAUGUAGGGGAGGCGAAGGUAAAGGUGGAAUUGCAGGUGCUCCUUCCUCAUAUGUACCCUCAGGUGGCUCCUCAGCUCUUUGCUAGAUCAGAUGCCCUGCACAGACAGCAACAGCUGCAGCUCAAUACUCGUCUGGCAUCUCACAUCAGCUCUCUGGAUUCAGGAGAUCUGUGUGUGUGUGAGGCUGUGCAGUGGGUGAAGGACAACAGCCUGACUCUCCUGGAAAACAGUAAGGGCUCGUCUGAGUGUGCUUCUAAAGAAGUCAGGGUUAAGGAAAUGCUGCAUCGAAUGUGGAUCUACAGCCAUCACAUAUACAGGCAGGAACUGAGGAAAAAGAUUUUUGACUGUGCAAAGAAGUUAAAUCUGACUGGCUUCUGCCUAACUGGGAAACCUGGUGUCAUCUGUGUGGAGGGACUCCAAGAAAACUGUGAAGAGUUCUGGCAUGUUAUUAGAUAUCCCAACUGGAAGCAUAUUUCAUGCAAGCAUGUGGAGAAUAUAGAGACAGAAGGAAGCAUUGAUAAUCUUCGUCUCUUUCACAGUUUUGAAGACCUGCAGUUUCAGGCACAUGGUGAUUAUGGCCUGAGGAAUGACUAUCACAUGGAUCUUGGCCAGUUUCUAGAAUUCCUGAAACAGCAUCAAAGUGAACACGUUUUUCAGAUUUUAUUUGGUGUUGAAGGCAAACUUUCAGACAAUUGAGACAAACUGUUUAUAAACAGUUUCUAAUUCUGGAGAGCAAGAAGUGUUGCUAACACCUUUGCCCUACAGCUACUGUGAAAAGGGAAACUUUAAUAUCUGAGGUGAACGGUUCAGGUAGUUAAUCCCAGCUUUUGUGCUGAACUGCCAUGUAUUUUUGAAAUGUGUCACUGAUUUUCUGAGACUCUAAAACUGGCAUUUGUCUCUGUGAGCCAUGCCUCAAAGCACUUGCAAGGUGAUAAACAUUCCACAGUGUGUUAAGAAUUACACACUCCUGUCUCCUCA